UUGUUCCGUCCGCUAUGUCCUCCACCAAUAGAUCCUAUUUUAUCUGCAAUGCAGAACGAGGUACUCAAUUGAGGUGGGCCCUGAAUUUAGAUAAAACCUGAUACAUUUAUUGGUGGAAAAUAUGUUCGAAUAACAAAGAAAAAUGGAGUCCGAAAUAUUUUGGGGCAAUAUGAGUAAUAUGACGGAGAGUAGUUCUUCAUCGUCAGAAGAAACUGAAUCCUCCUGUUCUGAAGGCUCAGAAGAAUCUCAGAGACUUGAAGAAGUCAGAGUUUGUGGAACCAGUCUACAGAUUCCACAAGGACUUUGUGAAGAUUCUGAAGCUUUCAAAGAGAUAUUAUCAAAGGAGACUUGGGAUCAGUUUUCAGAUCAGCAAAGGAGGCAUUUAAUGAACUUCUUGCCUUCUUUUCCUGUCAAUGAUGCAGGGGAAAAAGAGAAGACUUUAAAUCUUCUAUUCUCCAGAGAAAACAUUAAAUUUGGCAACCCUUUGACCGAAUUUUUUGACCAACUAAAAGCUGGUAAUUACAGGCCAGACAUCAAAAGCAUGCGGAGGUUGCUAAAAAAGGCACAAUAUCGAGAAUACAGGGAUCAACAAAGAAGGUAUUACUUCUCAUUAGUGAAGUCCAUAUUGGCAUCUCGACUGAGGUUACUAGAAGCUGCUUCACGUGGCAGUCCAGGAACCAUUCCUCGACCUUACAAACUUCCUCUUGCACCUCCACGACCCUCACCAGUACAUCAGCGGGUGAGGCGAAGGUACUUUCAGGAGUUAGUGGCAGUGAGGCAGGAAGUAGGCGAAUACAGCCAAAGUUCCGAGGAUGAAAACUAUCCAGAAGGGCCACCUGCUGUACUGAACAAAAAGCAAAAGCGACAAUUAGCAAUGCUUGAAAACUCGCUAAGUCCGGACUUGCAGCCUGUUGCUUCCACACUAGUGAGUAAACCUAGCGGAUUGGAUCUGGAGCAGAGAGUAACCCCAUCAAACAAUCCCUACGAAAUAAAUGAUGAUGCUUAUAGGGAAAUGCUAACUCGCCAUAGAAAAAGAAGAUUAUGUAGAGAAGAACAUCCAGAUUUGCAGACAAAGGGAGUUAAUUUGAAUGAUCUUUUAUUUAGAUGUCAGUUUAAGAAAAGUACUAAUCGUGAGAUGAAACCAUCUGCAAAGAAACAAAAAUUAAAGUCCACAAUAUUAAUGGACUCUUUACAGGGGUAUGAUGAAGCAGAUGGAGACCCUACAUCGGACUCGGAAGAUGGAGAGAUGGACAAGGUGGAUGUAGAAGGAGAUGAUGACACAAUGUCUUUACCUUAUUCUGCGGCCUCUACUCCCACUUCAUCAGGAGUGUUCCGACCUCUGCCUUCUGCAGCUAGUACUCCAGGAUCUAGUUCCCCAAGAAUUACAAAACCAUCAACGUCUGGUAAACUGUUAACUGCCAGAAGAAUCAAGUUAGAAUUGCCGGAUGAGCCUCCACCUGCCCCUUCUGUACCUCCUCCUCAAGCUCCUCCACCUCCUGCCCCACCACCCCCUCCUCCACCACCACCUCCUCCGCCACCUCCACAACCAAAAACACCCACAAUUGUUCCAACUCGUAUGUUGACACCAGCAACUCUAUCAGAUCUAGAUGGAAUUGAUAUGAUGGAUUUACCAGUUGAUUUGGAAGAAGCAGAAAUGACUUUCAGCCCCGAAGAUAUAAAGCCAGAACUGAUGCAGGACACUCAUGCUUGUUUCUUCUCGCUGUUGCGAGAUAUUAUCUGCUCAACUGCAGAGCACCGCAUGAGUCUGGUGACUCUGGAGGAUCGAGUGAAGGCUUGGGCAGCCAGUCCUAUCAGCCCCCUAAAUGACUGGUACAGUGCUACGGCUGCAGAUACCACUGGUUUCUUGCACUCAGCUCUGGCCUUCCUUUCUGGUGACUACCCAGAGUGGCAUCCAGAAGAGUUCGUGCCAUACAUUGAGUACAAGACAGCCAUAGCCUCGUACCAGUGGAUAGGUGCUGGCCGGGACUCUGACGCCCACCUGAUGACACUUUGUCGUCACUGGGCGGAGCGGCGGGAAGACAUGGUGGCUCGCCCUAUACAGGAGGAGGUGGGUGGCGGACUGGUGGGUGAGAGACAGCUCACCGCUUCCCCACCACCACCGCGCUGCCCCACACAAUGGCUUGUACAGUUGUCCACUCCCGAGGAACGUGAAGUCUUCAGAGAACAGGAAAGAGUUAGAUAUGAGAACCCACACAAAGCAUUCACAUACAGAAUGCAUGGCUAUGAGUCUGUAGUCGGACCAGUGAAAGGGAUGUACUUCCAGGCUGUGGGAAACAACAAACCCCGAGGCCAUUCCUUGCUCAACGAGACCAGGCCAAACUUUAUUACCAUCUUGGCUCUAGUGAGGGAUGCCACUGCAAGACUACCCAACGGUCAAGGCACUCGGGCUGAUAUCUGCACUUUACUCAGAGACUCUCAGUACCUCAUAGAGAAUGCUCCUGACAGUGAUCUCAACUCUGUGGUCAGUGGUGCCCUGGACAGGCUCCAUUAUGAACCAGACCCUUGUGUUAAAUACGACACCAAGCGGAAGAUAUGGAUAUACUUGCACAGGGCACGAACCGAGCAAGAGUUUGAAAGGAUUCAUCAGGAGCAGCAGAAAGUUGUUAAGCCGAAAAACCCCCGGAAAGCUCACAGAGCAAAAGUAUUGGCUGCUUCUUCAAGUCAAAGUCCAUUGGAAUCUAAACCCGAGCCACCGCCAAAAACUCCCUCCAAAAGAGCUUCAAAGGCUACUGCCAAGCCUCCUAAAACUGCAACUCCUAAAGCUACUCCACAACCGAGCUCGUGGGUACAGCUUCAAGCUGUUGAUAAUAGUCAAGUAUUGCCAGAUAUAAGCAGUGUGGAGGUGAAGACAGAGCCUGUAGAGAAGGUGACAGCAACGAUAGCUGCAACUCCACCAGUGUCGACAGCUCCUCUGCUGAUUCAACAGCGUAUCCUUGCCCAGGGGGUACAGAAGUCUUUGAUCGCAGCUGCCAGUCUCACACAAGCACCUGUCAAGAAAACAGUUCAGCCUGCCAAAGCUGCACCAACUGCAAAAACUGUUUCUGCAACUAAAACAGUUUCUGCUGUCAAAACAACUGUGAAAACAACAGUAACAGCAGCCAAAACAGACCAACCAGAAAACAAAUCUAUUCUUGGAAAAUCCAGCCGACAGAAAUCAGCAAACACUACUACUAAAGCUGCUAAAAAUGUGAAAACCAUUAAGGAUCCAGGGUUAUCUGCUGUGAGGAGAAUCGUGGAUACGCCAGUGAGUGCCGGAAAUGCAAUCAGAAGGAUACCUGACAACCCUGUUCCACCCGUGAUGCAGAGUGUUGUGAGAAGGAUACCUGAAAACAAUAAAGUCAAAAAGGAAACUUCCCUCCUGGAUCCAUCUGUGUCUGCUGCUGCUGUUGCUGCUGCCACAAAGAAAAAAGGAACUCCAAAUGCUGUUGCACAGAGUCUUGAUUCAUCUGGGAAAACGCCUGCCAAGUCACUGGUUAAAAUGAUUACAACUCAGACGGGUGUUGGAACUGUACAGAGUCCUGCCCAGAUGACACCUCAGCAAGUUAUGUUGAUCAAGCAAGGGCAGCAGCAGUACCUUAGUGAAGCCACUACUGCUACUGUCACCAAACCUCCCCAACAGCAGACUCUGCAGGGGCAGCAGCUGAUCGUGAUGAAGCAACCAGCCGAUCAGCAGUCCGCCUCAGCUCAGCCUCAGAUGAUUGUGAUCAACCAACAGCAGAUAGUCACGGACCAACAGCUCACGGCGAAACAGCAAAAACAACUACAGCAACUCUUGUCAAAACAACAGUUCAUCGAGCAACAACCGACCAUAAGUUUGCAACAACAACAACAGCUUCAACAACUCAUUCUAGCAAAACAACAACAGAUAUUGGCUGAACAACAGAAAAGUGGGAAGCCGCAACAACAGAUGAUAGUUUUGAAGCAGCAGCAGACAGCAGUGACUCAGCAAUCACAAGCCGACCAACAAAAACCUCAGCAGUUGCAGCAGAUGAUACUAGUCAAGCAGCAGCAACAGCAGCAGAGUCAGCAGCUCCAUCAGCAACAUGUGAUAGCAUCAGAGACACAGCAAAUAACUCAACAACAACUCCAGCUUUUGAUCAAACAGCAACAACAACUGCAACAGCAGCAGCAAUUACAACAACAGUCUCAACAAAUUCAAGCUGCUGCUACAACAUCUGUAUCUCAACAACCAAAGGUACAGACUCAAGCAAUCUCAUUAGCUCAGUUCCAACAACUACAACAGCAACAACAACAGCAGCAGCAGCAACAACAACAACAAAGGAUAGUGACAUCAUCCAGCCUGCUCUCUCAGUCCAGAGUUGUCACACAAGUUGGAACUCAGUCAAUGAGCACAGGUGUACAAGUGCAAGCCUCCAACCUGCUCAAGUCCCAGCCAAUGUUGGCUAAAGUAGUUACGAAUGCUCAGGGACAACCUGUUAUCUCAAUGGAGAGUUUGCUGUCGCAUCAGAAACAGCUGACCAGCAUGCCUCAGACACUGCGAGUGGCCACUGCUUCGAGUAAACCAGGGAUACAGCCACAAUACACUGUUGUGUCUGUAGCGCAGCCACGAGUUAUACAAGCCUCUCAACUUUCGCAGGCAUCAACAGGAACAGUGGUAACAGCAUCUGCAAGCAACGCCACAGUUGGUAGCACUGCCGGUUCUAAGCUUAUGAGUGCUCCCACCUCAGCCACUAGUGCCAACCUGCGCAUGAGUGGCAUAAACCUGGCACAUAUUGGUGGCAAACCUGUCCUAUUGGCCAGCAAGCCACAGUCUCUCCAGGCACAGAAUGUGUUGGUCGCCGCAUCUCAGGGAGGACUUGGGGCUGGCCAGACAGUACUGUUGGCAUCGCAAGGCAUCACUUCCUCAGCUCUAAGAGCCCAGCCUCCCCUGACUGUGCUGCAGCAGGGCAAUCAGCAGAUACUGCUGCCCCCAGGAUUCCAUGCUUCAGCACUCAAUAUAAAGGCUCUUCAAGGCCUCAAGGUCAUCCCUAUCACACCUUCACCUGCUGCAAAAGGUGUUCCUGGAAGACAGCAAGUGUUCGCUAGAAUCAUUAAUCCUAGCAAUAUUAGGCCGGUCAUGGCUAACCUGGUACAGUCUGACCAACCUCCCACUUCUAACCCACCUGUCACAUCAGAGUAACAUACCUAUACUUUACUGUAAAUAGUAGUCUAAUAUUUGUUUAAAUGUUACCUUCCCAAAUCUUUAUUUCUGUAAAUAAAUGUAUGGGUUUUAAUUUAAAAAUUUAUAUUUGUAAAUACAAAUUGUUUAUUCGGGCUUAAAAUGUAUAUAUGAUGUAAUUUUGAUAAAUAUGUAUAGGGUGUAUGUUAAAUAGCCAGAUGCAAAAUCAGUCUUAAUCUUGAAUAAAAGGUGAAGUGAUUAAAUAUCAUCAUUUUAGAUGUGUUUUAUUGUAAAAUAUUUUGAUUUUAUUCUUUGUAUUUAUUUUAUAACAUAUAGAACGUAUUAGUUUGAAAUGCCCAAUCUUUCUUUUAAAAUUAUCGUUUCUCUAAAUGUAAUUGUAAAUGUAGUGACCUGAUACACAGCUGCUAGUGGUUGAUAACAGCUUCCAGUAUCUAGUAUCUGUAAGUUGUAUUAGUAUAAGAACAAAAAUUAUUGCAUUGUUUUAAUAAUUCCCUUCGCUCUUAAAACCACUUAUUUUGAAGUAAAAUUAUAUUAUUUUAUAGGAAAUCUUGUGUAUUUAUCUGUUUACAGCUAUAAUACUCAAAUUUUAACAGCAUAAAAUAUGGGGGGGAAGGUUGAGUUUAAGCUAACAACCUUUAGACAAGUUUAUUCCUAGAAUUACAUUAUGCGAUGGAAUCUUAAUAGCAUGAAUCUUGAAAGCACAAAUUUGUAUGAAUUUAUUGUUACGUUUAGUGUAAAAAGUACUUCUGUUAGAUCCCAAACAGUGGUUACGAAAUUAAAUAAGAAAAAUUAGUUUUACUAUCUCAGGUAGAACCAAGAAUAUUUGUACACAAAAUUGUAUUUAUGAGACAAAUAUUUCAUUUCAGUUACCUCAGUACACCGAAUUUCAAGAAUUAAAUAAGAAUUCAAUGAUAGGUCUAGUCAUAAAAUUUCCAAAUUGGUGCCACACAUCUUUCAAAGCAUUAGGUCGAGUAGUUUUGUUUUUGGAUUAUUUAGCAGUCCUUGUUGUUUGUUUAGCUGUUAAGCAUAACUACUAGUGCAAUGCACUAGAGAAGGAGUACACAGUCUGUUGGAACUUGUUAUAGUGGAAGUACUGUACAACCUUGUUUAUUCGGAUCAUUUGAGACCAAAAGUAAUUGGGGAAAACAAAAUUGUGAAUAGACCAGAAAUACAGUAAAAUCAUGAUAGAUAAUAAGGAAUUAAAAUGUUUGUAUUACAAAUAUAACAGUAAAAGAGAGUCUAUUCACUAUUUUAUCAUACAGAGAUUAAUUGUAUAUAAAAUAA